UCUUCUUAUUACCCUUCCUUGAGGCCUCCUGUCUUCUUCGUGGGUUUCUCUGAUGGGUUAGUUGCUUUGAGUGUAUUUUGAUUUUAGUCUCCGCGGUUGGUUUUUAUUUGCUUGAAGAAAAGCUUGGAUUGCUUAGAUGGCAAAUGUUGAAGAUGAUCAUUUGUACAUGGAGCUGUGGAAAGCUUGUGCAGGGCCACUUGUGGAAGUUCCUCGUUAUGGCGAAAGAGUUUUCUACUUCCCUCAAGGUCACAUGGAACAAUUGGUGGCUUCCACUAAUCAAGAAGGAGUUGUUGAUCAAGAAAUACCUGAUUUUAAUCUUCCUUCAAAGUUACUCUGUCGUGUUCUUAGUGUCUUGCUAAAAGCAGAGCAUGAAACAGAUGAGGUUUACGCUCAGAUCACUUUACAACCAGAGGAAGAUCAAAAUGAACCAGAAAGCCUUGAUCCACCUGUAACCGAAGCUGCUAAACAAAGUGUUGAUUCGUUUGUUAAGAUUCUAACAGCUUCUGAUACAAGCACUCAUGGUGGCUUCUCUGUUCUUCGUAAACACGCUACUGAGUGUUUGCCUUUACUUGAUAUGACACAACCUACACCGACUCAAGAACUGGUAGCUAGAGAUCUCCACGGCUACGAAUGGAGGUUUAAGCAUAUAUUCAGAGGGCAACCGAGGAGACAUUUACUUACAACUGGUUGGAGUACAUUUGUAACCUCAAAAAGACUUGUUGCUGGAGAUGCAUUUGUGUUCUUGAGGGGUAAAACUGGGGAUUUACGAGUUGGAGUGAGACGUUUAGCUAGGCAACAAAGCACAAUGCCUGCAUCCGUGAUCUCGAGUCAGAGUAUGAAUUUGGGAGUUCUUGCUACAGCUUCUCAUGCUGUCAACACAAAAACUAUGUUUGUUGUCUUCUAUAAGCCUAGGAUAAGCCAAUUCAUAAUAGGUGUGAACAAGUAUAUGUCGGCGAUGAAGAGUGGAUUCUCUACUGGUAGAAGGUUUAGGAUGAGAUUUGAAGGAGAAGAGUCUCCUGAGAGAGUAUUUACUGGGGCGAUUAUUGGUAGUGGAGAUAUAUCUCCUCAAUGGCAAGCUUCAAAGUGGAGGUUAUUGCAGAUCCAGUGGGACGAGCCGUCUUUGGUUCAGAGACCAAACAGAGUCUCACCGUGGGAGAUCGAGCCUUUCUCACCAUCCAAGCUAACCAUUGAUUCAUCAGUUUCAGAAAUCACAGGGAGUCCUGUCGCUUCUAAUUUCUUGAGUAGCUUCCCGCAAAGCCACGAGGCUAACCCAUCACUCAAACUGUUGUUUCAAGAUCCACCAAGUGGUUUACAAUGCAAGAAAACAGAGACUUCGGUCACAAGCUGCUGUAGGUUAUUUGGAUUCGAUCUCAUGAGCAAGCCUACUACUACUCCAAGUCCUCUUGGCAAGCAAGUAAUAAGCAUGGAUUCAAAUAACUCUGCUUCUACCAAAUGUCAAGAUCUUAACUCGCAUCAGAAGCAACAAACAUCAACAAGAAGUCGAAUCAAGGUGCAAAUGCAAGGAACAGCGGUUGGACGCGCGGUUGAUUUAACGUUGUUGAGAUCAUACGAUGAACUACUCAGUGAGUUAGAGAAACUGUUUGAGAUUGAAGGAGAGCUUAGGCCUAAAGACAAAUGGGCUAUUGUGUUUACAGACAAUGAGGGAUAUAUGAUGCUUGCAGGAGACGAUCCAUGGAAUGAGUUCUGUAAAAUGGCGAAGAAGUUAUUUAUAUAUUCGAGUGAUGAGGUCAAGAAAAUGAGCUCAAAGUCAUCGUUGGAUGAUGAAGGUACGAUCAUCAAUCUGGAACCGGACCAGAGGAUAGCUAACCUUUAGUUACGAAGAAGUUCUGGGUUUCUUCUUCUUUUUGGUUGGAAUCACGAAGUUAGUUGGCUUUGUUUUUUCUAAGUGAAGUUAAUAGGUGGAAUGCUAUUUUAA